AUGGCUGGCCGCAGCGAGGCGCAGGUCCAUUGGCUCUUCUCGGGCGGCCGCGCCGACCCACUCGAGCUCGCCCUCGUCGAGGACUCGCUGCUGCUGCUCCUCGAGCUCGCGCGCUGCACCGAGAUGUGCGUGGAGCUCGCCGGCGGGUCGUGGAUUGCCGACUUGUCUGUGGUGACGGAGCAUCUCGUGCGCAACGAGGUGCACCCCGCCCUCGCGCGCCUCGGCCUCCCGGCCAAGAUGCUGCAGAACGCGCUGAAGCCGGCCGCUCUCCGCGGAUGA